ACAACGCCCUCGGCCGCGGAGGCGGGAGGAUGGGGGGGGGGGGGGGGGGGGGGGGGAGGGGGUUCACCCACCAUUGGCUCAGAGGCGGGUGCCGCCAAUUGGCCCGCAUCUGCGCGCUGACGCGACCCGUCCCCCUCAAUUGGCCGAGCCCGUUGUAAUAAUUGCGCAAAGAGGCCAGAGAGCGCGCUGCGAUUGGCCACGGUGCUGACGGACCGCCCUAUAUAAGGGCCGCGGGGGGCGGACUCCUCGUCCUCGGGUGCUGGGGCAGAGGUUUCGUGCUGCGCGCUGCCCGCCGCGGGAAUAUGGCGACGGUGAAGGCCGUGUGCGUGAUGAAGGGGGACGGCCCCGUGCAGGGCGUCAUCCACUUCCAGCAGCAGGGUAAUGGACCAGUGAAAGUUACUGGAAAAAUCAGUGGCUUGGUUGAUGGAGACCAUGGCUUCCAUGUCCAUGAAUUUGGUGACAAUACAAAUGGGUGUACCAGUGCAGGUCCUCACUUCAAUCCUGAAGGCAAGCAGCAUGGUGGACCAAGUGAUGCAGAAAGGCACGUGGGAGACCUUGGCAAUGUGACUGCUAAAGGAGGAGUAGCAGAAGUGGCAAUAGAAGAUUCCAUCAUUUCUCUUAGUGGACCACACAGCAUUGUGGGACGUACCAUGGUGGUCCAUGAAAAAUGCGAUGAUCUGGGUAGAGGGGGAGAUAAUGAGAGCAAACUGACUGGGAAUGCUGGAGCUCGUUUAGCUUGUGGUGUAAUUGGAAUAGCCAAGAGCUAAGUGUUGUACCUGAAAUGUUUCACAUGACAGUGGUGAAUGGGCCGUAUUUCAUUGCAACUGCUGUACUUGCCCUUUCUCAUGCAAAAGAUGUAUCACUUAAUCUCAUUACUACUCUGCGUUCUGAGUGUCACUUAAACUGGUGAAGACUGACUUAAUUUUGUAUGAUGUAUAUUGCAAUUAAAGUGACCCUGAUGGAAUGUCUCUAGUUUUCUGCUGAAGCAUCUGCUGUAACCAUUAAGUACAACUUCACUCACUGGAACCCCAGCUCUGUGUAAUGGGAGGUGUGUGGUAGUGGUCAUGUCCUGAACACCAGAACCUCUGGUGUACUGUGUCAUUUGGAGGAUUAGCCCUGGGCACUUUGGUAAGGCUACUCACCGAAGAGCAGGAUGCACUGUGUAUGUACUGGGGCUUCCUCCUGGCAGAGUUGCAGCAUCUGUAGGUUUCCAACUUGUGUAAUAAACUUGCUGAGCAAAUACA